AUGGCCAGGCCAGUUCUGUGCCUUCUACUGCUUCUGCAGGCCAUGGCUGUAGCUGCCGCGGGCUGGAGCUUUACUUUUGGUGAUGAUGCAGGAAAGAAGACCCAGGGCCACCGGGACGAGCAUGACGCCAACCCCGGCAUUGGUGCUGGAGGGCCCCGAGACGAAUGGACACAGCAGAAUUAUGCCGAGCGGAACUUUUACCAGGCCGCCCAGAUCCUACGAGCCGCCCCCGAGGCGCCGCACCAACGAUCGCACAAACCGUCCGGGCUCGUCGCCUUGGCCCUCCAGUACAUCAUCGAGGUCCUCCCGACGGGCCCCGCCACGUCGCCGUCGCAAAAACCGCAGGCGACCCUGAGCCGCCCCGUUGCCGAAGCUGUCGAGCUCCUCGAAAUGGCCGCCGCCGUCAACAACUCCGACGCCCUAUACACGCUGGCUGAGAUCAACUUCUUCGGCCACUACAACUACCCCCGCAACUUCCGGGUCGCCUACGACCUGUACGACCGACUCGCCUCGAUCCACGGAAAUACGACAGCCCAAUACAUGUUGGGCGUCUAUCACUCGACAGGACUGGGCGACGUGGUCCCGCAGGACCAGGCCAAGGCCCUCCUCUACCAUACCUUUGCCGCAGCCGGCGGAGAUCUCCGAUCUGAGAUGGCCGUGGGCUACCGUCACUUUGCCGGCAUCGGCGCCGUCAAGAGCUGUGAGAUGGCUGUGGAACACUACAAGCGGGUUGCAGACAAGGCCAUCGAAUGGUUCAAGUCUGGGCCUCCCGGAGGCAGGUCCUGGGUUCACCAGGGCUGGCGCAUUGCCGACGACGACGGCGGUGUCUUUGGCGAGGGUGCCAGUGCUUCGAGCGCUGGCAUCAACGCCUUCAAGCCGAACCUCAACUCGGACGCGAACGCGGCUAUCAGCGACGUCAUCGAGUAUCUCGACCUGAUGUCCCAGAAGGGCGAUUUCAAGGCGGCCUUCAGCCUCGGCAGGAUAUACUACGAAGGCCAGCGAGGACUGGAGCGUAACCUAGACUUGGCCAAGAAAUACUUCUUCGCUGUGGCUUCGCGCUACUGGAAGCGGGACGGCCGUCUCGUCGAGAACUAUAAACCGGGAAUCGAGAAGACGGCGUGCAAGGCUGCUGCUUAUCUUGGCCGCCUGUACCUGAGGGGAGAGGGGCUCAAUCAGAACUAUGACAAGGCCCGGACCUGGUUCGAGCGCGGCGUCACGAAAGGAGACCCGCAGGCGCAGUACGGCCUCGGCCUGAUGCUGCUCAACGGCUACGGCGGUAAGAAGAAUAUCCGCAAGGCCACUGCUUUGCUCAAGGUCUCGGCCGACCAGGACUUUGCACCAGCGCAGGUAGAGAUGGGAAAGCUUCACCUCGACCAGGGUAGCCCCGAGGAUAUCCGCAUCGCCAACAACUACUUUGAGCUGGCCGCGCGGUACGGCAACAUCGAGGCCCACUACUACCUCGCCGAGCUGGUCCACUACGCCGUCGGGCGCGAGAGCCUCUGCGCCAUCGCCCUCAACUAUUACAAGAACGUGGCCGAGAAGGCGGAGCCGCUCGUCUCCACGUGGGCGGAAGCCAACGCGGCGUACGAGGCCGGCGACAUCGAUGCGGCCUUCCUGUACUACCUCCUGGCGGCCGAGCAAGGGUACGAAAGGGCGCAGACCAACGUGGCCUACAUGCUCGACUCGCAGAACUCAGGCCUGCCCCUCAUGGAUCUUAUCCAGGCCCGGCUGGGCGGCGAGGCCAACCAGCAGCCCAAGCGGGGCGGCCUGCUGGACAACCCGCGCAUGGCGCUGAUCCACUGGACCAGGUCGUCGAGGCAAUCCAACAUCGACUCGAUGGUCAAGAUGGGUGACUACUACUACUACGGCAUCGGCACCGAGAAGGACAUCGGCAAGGCGGUGCAGUGCUACCUGUCGGCGUCGGACCACUCGCAGAGCGCCCAGGCCCUCUUUAAUCUCGGGUGGAUGCACGAGAACGGCGUCGGGCUGACGCAGGAUUUCCACCUGGCCAAGCGAUACUACGACCACGCCCUCGUCGUCAACAAGGAGGCCUACCUCCCCGUCACGCUGAGUCUGAUGAAGCUCCGGCUGCGUAGUGCGUGGAACACGAUUACCCAUGGCGACAUCCACGGUAUUCAAGAAGAGCCCAAGGCAAAAAAGGACUGGUCCCUCUCGGAGUGGAUAGCCAACUUCAUCCAGGACGACGGCUACAUGUACGAGGACGACGCCUACCUUGACGACCUGUACGACGACACAAUCGGCCCAGGCAGCGAGGGAGAUCUUGACGAAGGGGGACUCGUGGAGAGCCUUCUCAUCGUCAGUGUCAUGGCUGCUCUUGUCUUCCUCCUCUGGUGGAGGCAACACAUCCAGCAGGCCCACGCCCAGCGCCAGGAGGAACAGAGAGAGCAGCAGCAGCAGCAGCAGCAGCAGCAGCAACAACCUCCGCCUGAGAUGAGACCGGAUGACGGAUUCCCAGCAUGGGCCGCUGGGGGUUUAGGUCUUUGA